AUGUCCUACGACGAUAUUGAAAAUGCCACACCUGAUAUUGUGAUCGGUGGAGACUUCGAAGAAGAAGAACAGUUCCAGUAUGAGCACGACAUCGAAAGUGACAAUGAAGCUGGCGAAGCCCAACCAGCCGAAGAGACCCAAAAGAAGUCUGUCAGCUUUGCAGGAUUAGCAGAAGAGUUUGACGAAGAAGCAGCACGCAGAGAGUUUGAAGAAGGUGGUGGAUUACCAGAACAACCAGACAAUGUUGAUUUUUCCGAAUUAACUCCAUUAUCCGCAGACAUCAUUAAUAGACAAGCCACCAUUAACAUUGGUACUAUUGGGCAUGUCGCUCACGGUAAAUCCACCGUUGUCCGUGCCAUCUCUGGAGUUCAAACCGUUAGAUUCAAGGAUGAAUUGGAAAGAAAUAUUACCAUCAAGUUGGGUUACGCCAACGCCAAAAUUUAUAAAUGUGAUAACGAAGAAUGUCCUGAACCAGAUUGUUACAAAUCGUUCAAAUCCGAUAAAGAAAUCAGACCAAAGUGUGCCAGACCAGGAUGUGACGGUCGUUAUAAGUUAUUGAGACACGUUUCCUUCGUUGAUUGUCCAGGUCACGAUAUUUUAAUGAGUACUAUGUUGUCGGGAGCCGCCGUUAUGGAUGCCGCAUUAUUAUUGAUUGCCGGUAACGAAAGUUGUCCUCAACCACAAACAUCUGAGCAUUUGGCUGCUAUUGAAAUUAUGAAAUUGAAGCAUGUGAUCAUUUUACAAAACAAGGUUGAUUUAAUGAGACAAGAGUCAGCUUUGGAACAUCAAAAAUCCAUCUUAACUUUCAUUAGAGGUACUAUAGCUGAUGGUGCCCCAAUUGUUCCAAUCUCCGCUCAAUUGAAGUACAACAUCGAUGCAGUUAAUGAAUUCAUUGUCAAAUCUAUACCAGUUCCUUUAAGAGACUUCCAAGCUACCCCAAGAUUAAUAGUCAUCAGAUCCUUCGAUGUUAACAAGCCGGGUGCUGAAAUUGACGACCUCAAGGGUGGUGUUGCUGGUGGUUCUAUUUUGAACGGUGUUUUCAAGAUCGGUGACGAAAUUGAGAUUAGACCAGGUAUUGUCACCAAGGAUGACAAUGGUAAGAUCCAAUGUAAGCCAAUUUUCUCCAACAUUGUGUCAUUGUUCGCCGAGCAUAACGACUUGAAGUUCGCUGUUCCAGGUGGAUUGAUCGGUGUUGGUACCAAGGUUGAUCCUACUUUGUGUAGAGCUGACAGAUUAGUUGGUCAAGUUGUUGGUUCCAAGGGCUUCUUACCUUCCAUAUAUACAGACAUUGAAAUCAACUACUUCUUGUUGAGAAGAUUGUUGGGUGUCAAGACUGAUGGUCAAAAGCAAGGUGCCAAGGUCAGAAAGUUGGAAGUUGGUGAAGUUUUGAUGGUGAAUAUCGGUUCUACUGCUACUGGUGCUAGAGUUCUCGCUGUUAAGGCCGAUAUGGCUCGUUUGCAAUUGACCUCUCCUGCUUGUACUGAAGUUAACGAGAAGAUUGCUUUGUCUAGAAGAAUCGAGAAGCAUUGGAGAUUGAUUGGUUGGGCUACUAUUAAGAAGGGUACCACUUUAGAACCUAUUGCAUAA